GAGGCUGCCGUGGGGGCCGGCUUGGAGUGGGAUUCGGCCCACGGCGCUGACCGAGUGCUGGACCGCCGGCCGUCGGGCUCCCGGGACUGCGCCCACCGCUGCUCCGGGUCACCCCGGCCGAGGGGCUGGCUGCGGGAGACCUCAGGGAAGGCUCGGGCUGCCGGGCCGGGCGCCAUGUCCAUGGAGGACCCCUUCUUUGUGGUGAAAGGAGAGGUACAGAAAGCAGUCAACACUGCCCAAGGAUUGUUUCAGAGAUGGACGGAACUCCUUCAGGGCCCCUCUGCAGCAACAAGGGAAGAAAUCGACUGGACGACCAACGAGCUGAGGAACAACCUCCGCAGCAUAGAGUGGGAUCUGGAGGACCUCGAUGAGACCAUCAGCAUAGUUGAAGCAAAUCCUAGGAAAUUCAACCUGGAUGCAACUGAAUUGAGCAUAAGAAAAGCCUUCAUCACAAGUACUCGGCAGAUUGUCAGGGACAUGAAGGAUCAGAUGUCAUCUUCAUCUGUGCAGGCAUUGACUGAAAGGAAAAACAGACAGGCGCUACUCGGAGACAGCAGCAGCCAGAACUGGAACACAGGAGUGACGGAUCGAUACGGGCGCCUUGAUCGAGAGCUGCAGCUAGCCAACUCCCAUUUCAUUGAGGAGCAGCAGGCACAGCAGCAGUUGAUUGUGGAACAGCAGGAUGAGCAGUUGGAGCUGGUCUCUGGCAGCAUCGGGGUUCUGAAGAACAUGUCCCAGCGCAUUGGAGGGGAGCUGGAGGAACAGGCAGUCAUGCUGGACGACUUCUCUCAUGAGUUGGAGAGCACUCAGUCUCGACUGGACAAUGUGAUGAAGAAACUUGCAAAGGUGUCUCACAUGACCAGCGACCGGCGCCAGUGGUGUGCCAUAGCCAUCCUCUUCGCAGUCCUGUUGGUCGUGCUGAUCCUCUUCCUGGUGCUGUGAUGUCAUCGGCGCUCCUCAGGCCCUCCUGCACUGGACCUAGGGGAGAGGAGAAGCAAGCACUCCGCCACUUACAUUCCUCUCCCAGAGACUGGCCUCUGCCCUGCUUCCUCUGUGACUCCACCACUGACAGCCUCUCUCCCAGCGCUGGAAGGGCAAGGCUGGAAGAGGAAAGAGGUGACCGCACUCCCAGCUGGAUAGCAGACGCCCCAGCUGCCCAUUCUUUCUGAGGACAGCUAGCCACUGCUUUGCCUUACUGGACCUCGCUCCUCGAGGAAGACUCAGAAUCAUCAGAAGAAAUAACAGCUCCACUUAUUGCUCAUUUUUCUGGUCUCUGGCAGCCCCUUCCCUCUGCUCAGACCCUUGCCCUGCUUAGAUGGGUGCCGCCGUCCACUCAAAAGAAACCUGGCAAGAAUGAGGCAUUUGGGGAUGAUGUUCCCACAGCUGUUGUAUUAGGCCGAGAGCUGGCUGUUGGUGAGGACAGAGGCUCAGAAACGUCCAUGACAGAAGUGCAGUGUUUCACUUCGCUGGGUGGGGCUGAGGUUAAAUUGCUUUUCCAGGUGUGUUUGGGGCUAAGCACAGGAAAUAGUGAAAUCCCUGGGGGUUUGGAGGUGCUGAGGACAAAUGGCUUUAAUGGACAGGAGCAACUGAGAGCAGCAGCCCCUGUGUUGGUCCAGCUUUAUGAAGGGCUGGCAGUAGCUCCAGAGGCCGGCCAGAUCCGCUGCCUGUCCCUCGGAUUGCUCCCCAGAGAUGCAGCUGCAUGUUAGAGCACCCCUGCGCACAGCCUUGAACAGCAUAGUGGCAUUCGGCAUUCGGGUGGGUGAGACACGCCUUCUCCCCUGGUGCCUUUUUUAUGACGGCAAGGCACUCAGAGUGAGGGGGAGGGGUCAGGCAUUUAGUACAUUUAUGCAGAAACUGUCCUGACACAAAAAGGCUGGUUGUGGGUCAGAUGCCCCUUACUCUGUAAUAGCAUGGGCGGGUGAGGGAACUUGAUACUUUGUUCUCUAAGUGACACUUGGACUCCAUUGUGACAUUGUGACAUUGGGUUGAAGUUGUGAGAGCUGCUGACACUACAGGCUUUGGGUGACUUUUCGAUGCUUCCGAUGAGCACAUACAUGGAGGAUUUUAUACCGUCCCUGAUGCGUUAACCUGGUAUUAAAGUCUGUAAGACCCAGAGCCUACCCUUCACAAAGGAGGCUGCCCCUCAGUCAUCUUCUGUGCUGGGAAGAGCGGCAUCUGGACAGUUUGACCUGUGACCUCCCUUGCUUUGCCUUUCUGUGCAUUCCUUAGCACGCCAACUUUAAAAAAAAAUCCUGGGUCAUUCAUAUUCCUUGGGAUUUUUUAUUUUUGGAUCCCUUUUUUGUUUUGUUAUUCCCAAUGAUGUGCUUGCCCAGCUAACUUUUAAAUUGCACUUUUAAAUAAAUAUUUGUAACAGUUUUUAAAAGAAGGAUAUUUUAUCUGGUUUAGGAUCAUGAUAGGUAAGGAAACUGGCCUGUUGGUGAAAGCUAAAGAAGAUGAAUAAAACCAAAAGGGUUGUCAGCGCCACGUUUACGUUCAGCUCUGGUGUGGAUACAGAGAUGCUAUUUCUUUUCAGAUCGGGGAAAAUGUGAAUAUUACAAAGGGCUCCAAUGUAGGGUUCUGUGUUAUUUAUGUUUCAUGGAAUCUUAAGGUUUGAAUAGUCUUCUGUGAACUUAGACCACGGAUAGUACUUAGAUUUGCAUUAAAAUAUAGAAGCCUUUUGUUAAAAGUCAA